AGCAGCGCCGAUCCCAGCCCGGCACAACCGCGCUGCUGCUCGCAGCGCUGCCAGCGCACAUCCCUCUCUCCUCUGCCGCUUCUCUUUUUCUUUUUUUUUUCCCUUCAUAUAUAUAUAUUUUUUUCCCAAACCUUUGUGGAACAGACGCCCUCUCCUUGCCCCAGUUGGAGCUGCAGUAGAAUGAAAAGGGGGAGGUGGGAAGGAGGGAGGAGAGGAGGGGAAAAAACCCUCUUUUGGUUGAGGUUUUCCUGUUACUAUCACUGUAGCGUUUAUUUAGCCAAUCUCCUAACUAUGACGUGAGGAAGGCAGGAAUCAUGGCUCGCUCAUAAUAUUUAACACACCCACUGAAAGCUGGAGCUGCAGAGCUACUAGUCCAACCAGUCUCCAGAAUUCAGUGUAGCUGAAAGAGGUUUUCACUCUGCACCUGCCAAAGAUCUCUCCCCCCUUUUCCUUCUCUCCCCCUUCUCUCUUCCAUUCUCGCUCUCUUUAAAAGAAAGAUCUGUUAGACCCAGCAGAGAUCAAAGACCUCUUCGCUAAAAAGAACCUCUACUGAUUUAUAUUAGUUUCUUUCCUCUAAUCCUCCCUUCCCCCCCCCCCCUUUUUUUUUCUGUGCCAUAUUUAACCUUUAUGUUGCAGUUGUGCCAUCAGACAGUUUUGCAGCCAAAAAAACCCAACCCAAGCCAAAGCACAAGCCCAGCUCGGAUACAGCAGCCACCCAGACUCGAUCACAGUUGAACUUACUAAUCUCUCCCAAGCACUGGACGUGAUGGAUGAAGAAACUGGAACCGCUCUAAGAAAAUGAUUUUCCAGCCAAUGUUCUUAAAGAGUCUGAGAGAAGAGAGGGAGCAAGAGCGAGCGGGGAGCGCUUCUGCUGCAUCACUGCUCAAAUCCAAGGGAAAGGAGUCAGCGUUUCCAGCACAGCCAAAUAUUAUGGAUGAUUUUUUUUCUUCUGUCGCCUUUCCGUACAGGUUUUCUUAAUAUUUUUAUUUCCCCCUUCCUCCUCCCCAUAUUUUUUCUUAAAUUUUAUUUAAUCAGCGCCUGUGUCUGAUGCCGGUUUCUCUCCAAGAGCCAGUUUUCCCUGUUUGUUGUGAUCCCUGUAAUAAAAAGAGGGAGAAAUCGUGAACAGAUGGCUUUCUAUAUUACCAUGCCGCUGGCAUUGUUUUCCUGUUGAUUUUAAAGGCUCGGUCCGGAGCUCUUUUUUUUUUUUUUUCUUUCUUUUUAAAUUUUUUUUUCCCCUUUUAUUUUUUUUUCCCUCCCCCCUCCCAAGUUCUUGAUGAUACUGAGACAUGAGGACCUAUCGGGUUUAGCCUGUUUAUUUCCCGGCGCCUAUGGAGGUAACUUUAUUGACUUGAUCGCUCGUUUGCCGACCCGAGAGGAGCACGCCGGAGUCCCGGGGGGGGCCCGGCAGCCCCGCGCCCGCCCGGGCUCUGUCCGCCGCCUCCGCUCCCUCCCCCUCCCCCGCUAAUUCAUCAGCCGCCCCGGCCAUGAAAAUGCUCCUGGUCCGCAAGUUCCGGGUGCUGAUCCUGAUGGUGUUCCUCGUCGCCUGCACCAUGCACAUCAUGAUCGACCUGCUGCCGCGCCUGGAGCGCCGCGGCCCCGAGGGCCGGCCGGGCUGCUCCUGCCCGCCGCCCGCCGCCGCGCCGCCCCGCGCCGCCGCGCCGCGCUGGCCCGGCAAGCACACGCUGCGGAUCCUGCAGGACUUCAGCGCCGAGCCGGCCUCCAACCUCUCGUCGCAGUCGCGGGAGGCGGCGGAGCGGGCGGCGGGCGGCGGAGCGGGCGGCGGAGCGGGCGGCGGGGCCGCGGCGGCGGCGGCGGCGGCGGCGGGGAGGGCGCGGCGCUUGAUCGGCCCCGGGGCGCCGCGCCCGCCGCCCCCCGCCGGCAACGCCGCCCCGCUGGCCGCGCUCUUCCAGCACCCGCUGUACCGCGCCGCCCUGCCCCCGCUGGCCGACCGCGACCUCCUCUUCAAUGUCAACAGCGACAUCAGGUUCAACCCGCGGGCGGCCGAGCAGCCCGAGUGGCAAAAUGAAGAGCAUCAUGAAGGAUUUUUGCCAACUGGAGAAACCUCCAUAGACUCCUACCCAAACUGGUUAAAAUUCCACAUUGGCAUUAAUCGGUACGAGCUGUAUUCCAGACAUAAUCCUGCAAUUGAGGCUUUACUACAAGACCUUGUCUCCCAAAAGAUAACCAGUGUUGCAAUGAAAUCAGGAGGCACCCAGCUGAAGUUGAUCAUGACAUUCCAGAACUAUGGACAAGCACUGUUUAAACCAAUGAAGCAAACCAGAGAACAAGAAACCCCCCCUGACUUUUUUUACUUCUCAGACUACGAGAGACAUAAUGCAGAAAUAGCAGCAUUUCACCUCGACAGGAUCCUGGAUUUCCGGCGCGUGCCGCCGGUCGCAGGUAGACUGGUUAACAUGACAAGAGAAAUACGAGAUGUUACUCGUGACAAGAAGCUGUGGAGAACAUUUUUCAUCUCACCAGCCAACAACAUCUGCUUCUAUGGGGAAUGCUCCUACUACUGCUCAACAGAGCACGCCCUGUGUGGGAAACCAGAUCAGAUUGAAGGGUCCCUGGCUGCUUUCCUGCCUGAUUUGUCAUUAGCAAAAAGGAAAACCUGGAGAAACCCUUGGAGGCGUUCCUACCACAAGCGCAAGAAAGCAGAAUGGGAAGUUGAUCCAGAUUAUUGUGAAGAGGUUAAACAAACACCCCCAUAUGACAGUGGGACCAGAAUUCUGGAUAUAAUGGAUAUGACAGUUUUUGAUUUCCUAAUGGGUAACAUGGAUCGACAUCACUAUGAAACCUUUGAGAAGUUUGGAAAUGAAACUUUUAUUAUCCACUUAGAUAAUGGAAGAGGGUUUGGAAAAUAUUCCCAUGAUGAACUUUCCAUAUUGGUGCCUUUAAACCAGUGCUGCAGAAUCAGGAAAUCUACCUAUCUGCGAUUACAGCUGUUAGCCAAGGAGGAGUACAAACUUAGUCUCCUGAUGAAAGAAUCUUUGCUAAAAGACAAAAUAGCUCCAAUCCUCUACCAGCCUCACUUGGAGGCGAUGGACAGGCGGCUGCGGAUUGUCCUCAAGGCUGUCAGUGACUGCAUAGAGAAGGACGGCUAUGACAACGUGGUUGAAAAUGACUUUAACACGGAUGUUAACACUGUUACCACCGAGAGGUAGUGAAAUAGCAAGACUACGUUUUUACCAGCCGAGUCAAGAAGAUUCAAAGAAGAAAAAGAAACAAAAAAACAACAACAAAAAAAUUAAGUCUUGCAAAAGACUGUGUAUGCUACUUUGUGAAUUCAGUGAAUUCAGAAAUGAGAUAUAAUUGUUCCCAAAGUAGGUAAAGUGUAGACUCUGCAAAGGAUUAGUUAAUAAAGAAAAAUAAGUCUAAUGUGAUGCUUUUCAUUAGUUCCUGAAGAGAGAUUAUGAAAAGAUUCAGAAAAUACUCAAUCAUGGACAGACAGCAGUCUGAUAGCAAAACACCUCCUGUCAUUUUUGUAUAGAAAGGAGGCCUUUACUUAAUAUUUUGUAUUUAUAUAUGGCAUAUCUAUGAAACCCCAGACCUACCUUCCAAAUUUAACUAAGAGGGACAGCAUAGUUUUGUGACUCACACUUUAUUUGUGGUGACAGUCCACUUAGUAUUUUUUGUUAACCCUUUAAGUGCUCUAAUCCAUUGUAUCUUAUUUAAAUUGAAUGCUUAUUUUCCCCCCCAGCUACUCAGCAUUUAAAGGGUUAAGGCAUUAUGAACUUUUAAAGGCAAAAAAUUAUAAUAAUAAUGAUAAUAAUAAUAAAUACAGGGGUUACCAGAAGGGAAUUUCACUAAUUGUGCUUUGACAGGAAUACUUGAAUGUUGGUUUUACAAAGUGAUGUAAAAUGACAAGUUGUACUAUUUGUCAAUAAGGAGGUGGCAGCUCUUAUCUUUCUAGACUAUCAUAGUGGAGCUGCUACUUUUCAAUUUUGUUUUUGAUAGUUUUGUGUAAAUAUAUACAUAUAUGGGUAAAAAGCUGCUUUCGGCAGCUCUAGGCUUACUUUUGCAGCAUUUUUGUGGAAUUGUUUGCAACGUGGUAAAAGUGCAAUAAAGAUAUGCAAAAUGUGUA